UAACCAAGAUUUUAACGUUCUUUUUGGCUCGGCCUUUUUCAGUUAAAAAAGAAAUAAAAUAAAAAUAUAUAUUUUUGUAUCUUUUUUUGACACUAAAAAAAAAUAUAUCCCAAUCUUAUUUGAUUUUUUUCGUAUUAAAUCCAAAUAAUUUUGCAAAUACAAAAAUCAAACACCGACAAAUGAGUCAAUCAUAGCCAGUAAAGUGCUAAGAGCGACGGGUUUUUUUUUACACAAAUAAUGUCACUUUGUGAAUAUGUAUCUUUUAUUUAAAGUAUCUCAAAGUACGAAAACAACAUCAUUACGCAUUCGAUCGUGACCCUGAACGGAUCUAACUUAGUCCUGAUAAAUACAAAAAAUCGAAUUUAAAAAAAAAGUGUCAUCCAACCACCAACAAUCUGAAAUAAAAGAAGUGUGGGAGUGUGUUCGCAAAAAAAAACUAAAAAACGCAAAAGACGAAAAAAACUAAAAAAGUAUCUAGAUACUUUUGAUACGGCGGCGCGUGAAGUGUUUUUAAAACCAAGCAAAAAAAAGUGUAAGAAUGCAAUUUAACCUUGCCAAACUGAGGAUAAUAGAAAUCAUCUUCAUCCAGGAGCUUGGGAGAGUAUAAAUAUCCUAUCCCAAAGUAGUAUCUCCUUGUGGAUUAAAACAAAAUAAAAAAAAAUUUUUCAAAAAAUAAUUGAAAAUAAAUAUAAAAAGAAAAAAAAUCGACAAAAAUCACGUCGACAACGUCGAAAAAGGUUGAUUCCUUGUUUUUCCCUUCGAACCCAGACCUCACACCACAUCGCUGAACCGACCAAAACAGUAGAGUCCACCCCUCGUGCGCGCCGUUUCGGUGUAUCUUUUUUUUUUUUUUCAUUGUGCAACCUUAACAACUCUUGUGGCUCGUUGUUCGGUGGUGCGCGCGCGGUGUUAUCGCGAAAAGGCAAUCAAUUUAUUGAAAAAUAAUCCCCCAGUCUUGUUGUCGAGGGAAAAAUAAUAUAAAAAAAAAAUUACAAAAAAUAGUGCUUUACCAGUGAUCGUGCACAAAAUAGAUCGAUAAGCGCAACGGGCGCGUAUUUAAAAAAAAAAAAAAGAUACAAAAAAAAUUGUAUUUUAACAGUGAAAUGUUUCCUUUGAGUUCCUUUGUAAAUUGCAAGUCGUGUUUUUGUAAAUUCACUGCAAGGACAUUACAACGGUGAGAGAUAUCCAAUCUCAAGGAUACACAUAAAAGACUUUUUCAAACUUAACACAAACACUUUUAUCCAAGCUUUUUAACGGGGCAUUGAAAAAAUUGAUUUUUUUUGCCAAAAAUCAUGUACGAAAUUAAAUCAAUCGAAUUCGGUCGAAAAACGGAUAAAAACAAUCAAACCUCAUUAUCAUCAAAAAAUUACUUCGAUCACUAUCAACAAAUUAGUAGCGAUAGUGCGGAUUCAUCGAUUAGUACAAUUCAAGUACCAAUAGUCGUUACAACGACAACACCGGAUAGUCAUCAUCUACAUCAUAAUCGACAUCAGUCGGCGUCGGAAUUAGAGUCGGACGAGGACACAAUGCAAGUGUCACUGAGGCGUCGGCGGAUAUUUCAACGACAGGCGUGUCUUCUAAGUAUACUGGCGGCGUUUAUUUUGGGUCUGAUGUUGGGUGUUUUUAUGCCCAUGAUGUCAGGCAUGUCAGGAGUUUUUAUAACCGGCGAGUUGAUAGGUGUAGAGCCGGUAGCUUCGUCGUCGUCGGCGGUAGUGAAUAAAUCGGUAUUGCCACUUCAUCCACCGUCAGACUUUCCAACGAUCUAUGAAUUGCGAGGACAACCUACUCCAAAACCGCCAGCAGCGGAAAACCUUUUCUCAGUUUCCUUUAUCAAAGAGAAGGAAUUGCCAGCUGAGGAGGUCUUUCGGAAUGCAUUCCAUCUCGAGCAGGAUAAACAUUCUGAAGACUCGAUGAUUGUUAAGAAACUCGAUGCAAUCGAUGGGAGUAUAAAAGAGUUCCGUGUGCAGCGGACGAGUGAUGGACUUUUCCGAAAAGGUCCAGAAAGGAGGUUGUCAAAGCCGUCGGUAGUUGAACAAAUGCUACCUGGUGACACAGCUCAGCUGAAUUUGAAUGAGGCUUCGAUAAGUUUCAUGCCGAUUGCUGAACAAAUUGUCCGAAAUGCCAAUCACAAUACUGGAAUUGUCGAAAGCGACAUUUAUUGGGGUAGUUUGGUAGAGCAUUCGUUACCUAAAGGCUUUCUCAAGAGUGACGCAGCAGCAUGGAAUAAUUUCAUUCAUAAUGGAGUUGUUACACGCCUCGAAACAGGCUGUGGGCGAAUGCAAAAUCGUCUCGUAGUAUUCGCUGAUGGUACACGAGCUUGUGCUCGAUACCGUCAAAAUACCGAUCAAAUUCAAGGCGAAUUAUUCAGCUUUUACCUCGGUCAACUAUUGAAUUUGACAAAUUUAGCCCCAAGUGCGGCAUCAGUGAUUGAUCUAGAAUCGGCGACAUGGGCAAACGCCUUGCAAGACAUCACAAAUGCACAGUGGAAAUCCACACGCCCAGUUGUACUAACAAAAUGGCUACCUGACCUCGAACCAGCCGGCAUACCACAGCCAUUCCAACCACUCGAACGUCAUUUAAAUAAAUACGACGUUUGGAAUAUCACGCUGGGCACCAGUACAACAACAACAACAACAUUCCCCUCAUCGACGUCGCCAUCGUCAACAUCAUCCCCAUCGUCGUCCAUUGCAGACGAUCAAGAUGCAAAUCAAAAAGGAUUACUCAAACGGUUGGGUGCUGCUGCCCCAGCAUCAUCAUCAUCUUCAUCGUCCACCAUCAACUCAGCCAACAACAACAACAACAACAACAAAAACAACCACAACAGGUCUUCUCGUCUCAAUCAAUCAAAAUCAGUGGCUGCUGCUGCCGCCACAUCAGAUUCAUCCUCUCUUCCAGCAUCAUCAUCAUCCUCAUCGUUGUUAGUUGACAGAGACGAAUUGCAUUUGAAUGCGACAGUGCUGAAUCGAUUAAUCGAGCUAGCGCAAUGGUCCGAUCUAAUCGUGUUCGAUUAUUUAAUUGCGAAUCUAGAUCGUGUUGUUAACAAUUUGUACAACUAUCAAUGGAAUGCAGACAUCAUGGCGGCGCCAGCUCACAAUUUAGCCCGACAAAUUAAUUCUCAGCUCCUGGUCUUUCUCGAUAAUGAAUCGGGACUUUUGCAUGGUUAUCGAUUGUUAAAAAAAUACGAAGCUUAUCAUGGUUUGUUAUUGGACAAUUUAUGUAUAUUCCGACGGCCAACUAUUGAAGCUUUAAGGAAUCUACGUGAAUAUGGACCGGGUAAACGAUUGCAAGAAUUAUUUGAAUUAUCAACGAGUUAUCAGGUGAGAGAUGUGUUGCCAUCGUUGCCGGAUAAAUCGAUAAAAAUACUUAUCGAUCGUAUCGAUCGAGUAUUGGGGCAAGUACAAAAAUGUAGAGAUUUAUUCUCAGACAGAUAAUAAUAAAUAUAAUUAUGUUUGUUAUGACGCAGGAUUUUUUAUGUAGUAGAUUAUCAAAUUGAAAAGACAUAUAAAUUUAUAUUUGUCAAAGUUGUUGUUUUUUAGAUGAAGAAGUGAUCGAAUUAGGAGUAUUUUUUGAAUUUUUUUAAAAUAAAUUAUUAUCUUUUUUGUAAAUUCUUAGAAUCCUUUGGAAAAUUGAAAUGAGUGACAUUUUUUGUGUUGAUGUUAAAAAUGUAUUAGGGCUUAAGUUAUUUGAAGACGUAAGAAAAUAAGAACGAGAAAGUUACUAAAAUUAUAAAAAAAUGCAGCAUUUUGGUGUUUGUCAAAAUAUUCGAAAAAAUAGUUAAAAUGGUCAAGAUUUUGAUGGAAUUUGAAUGAAUGAAAUUUGAAAUCUUGAUAAAUAUUAUUGACAAUAAAAAUGGUCUUUUACUUAGGUAAAAUAAGAAAUUAAAAAUAACCAUUGUUGAUGAAAGAGUUAAAUUAUUCUUUUUGGAACAAGUCAUCGGAAAAGUUAAUUUUUUUUAUACAAGAAUUGUAUUGCAUCUACACUAAACCAGAGUUAUGUCUCCAUAGAAUUUCAUUUUCUUAAACCUCACAGGUGAAUUUAUAAUAUAUGCUCUCAAAUGUUCACAUAAUUGAUAAAAUUAAUGUGUAAUGAUAAACAAAGAACUUAUUGCAAUAGUUUGAUUUUAUUCAAUAUUGCUUUCAUUUAAAAGACUUCUUAAAAGGUGCAAAUAUUUUUAUUUCUACUAAUAUUGCCUUCAAAACUAUAUACAUACAAACAAGUCAUACAAAAAUGACGAUAGAAAAAUACAAUGAGCAACUUUUGAGGUAAAUUGUUUAUGUCUACUCUCUAUAAUCCAAAAUUACGCAUUUGUAUGAGAUAAUUCGGGUACAACUGAUAACUUUUUAUUACUUGGUAUCCAUUUUGCUAUUUUAAUACAAAUAUAAAAGAAAUUAUCUUGAAAUUUCCAUCAUUUCCUCACUGAAACUUAGAUUUUUUCUAAAUCGAGUUUGCAUGUCAGCUCUUUUGUUUUGCAUUGAUAAAUCAGAAAUAAUCCAUUUUUAGAAACAAAUUUCGGGUUAGUAAGUGUAAAUUAU